UUCCGGUUUCACCUCAAGGAGCGUGGUAAAGAUGGCGGAGCAAAAAUCGGUUCCAAGUGAUCUUUWCAAAUGCGUUUAUUCAUUUCUGCUGGAGAACAAGUUCACCAAGGCGGCUCAGCUCUUCCUGAAACAGACUAAAGUCAAUCCACAGGAUCAAAAUGAAGAAAGCCUCGUCAACAUUUACAACUUCUGGGUGAAGUCUCCUGAGGCCAAGAAAAGGAAAGCACCUCCUAAUGAGCCCGGAGCUGUCGACGGUCCGGCAGCCAAGAAGGCGAAAGCAGGAAGCUCCAGCAGCGAAGAGUCGAGUGACUCUGAGGGGGAGAAGGCGCCUGCAAAGAGCGCCGUUAAGGGACCCGUUGUUGCUGCAGCUGCUGGCRGCACGAGGAAGAAAGACAGCAGCUCCAGCAGUGAAGAAUCCGACUCUGAAGACGAACAGCCUGCCAAAGCUGCACCAAAAGCCAGCCCAGGUGCCGUCACACCCAAAGCAGCUGUUCCCUCCAAAGGCGCAGCUCAGAAGAAGCAGGAGAGCAGCAGCAGCAGCGAAGACAGCUCCUCAGAUUCAGAAGAUGAGCAACCAGCCAAGGCUGUAGCCAAACCUGCUGCGGUGAAGAAGGUUCCUGCUGCUGCUGCUGAAUCCAGCAGUGAAGACUCCUCAUCUGAGGAUGAAGCUCCGCCCAGCAAAAAACCAAAAGCAGGAGCGUACAGCGCAGUCCCACCUCCUGCUUCAAUCCAGAAAGCUCCAGCUGCCAGUAAGGCCAGAGACUCCUCAGACAGCAGCAAGGAAAAGAAGAAAGUAGAUGCAAAAUCUGCAGCCGCAAAGAAAACGAAUGCAAAACCUGCCGAGUCCAAACCUGCAGCAAAGAAGCCAGAGUCCAGCUCUGAGAGUUCUGAUUCAAGCUCGGAAGAAGAGGCCAAAAAGCCUGCAGCUAAAACAGCAGCUAAAGUCACAGCAGCUAAAACAGUCCAAGCUAAAGCAGCACCRGCUGCAAAAGACGACUCGGAUGAAGACUCGUCCAGUUCAGAGGAGGAGGAGGAGGAGGUGAAGAAACCUGCAGCCAAGGUGACCCCUGCUAAAGCUGCUCCUGCUAAAUCUCCUGCACCUCCUGCUAAAGCUGCUCCACCUAAACCUCCUGCAACCAAAAAAGCUAAAAAAGACUCCUCGUCCUCAUCGGAGGAUUCCAGCUCAGAGGAGGAAGAGAAGAAGGUAAAGACGCCCGCAGCUAAACCUGCACCGGCCAAGACGACUCCAGCUCAGAAAGACGAGUCCUCCAGCUCAGAAAGCAGCUCUGAAGAUGAGGCUCCAGCAAAACCCAUAACUAAAUCUGCAACCCCAAAAACCCCGGCUGCUGCCUCUAAACCUCCAGCGAAGGCAGCCGAGAGCUCGGAGUCAGAGGACUCGUCUGAGGAUGAGGAGGAACCAGCAAAACCCAAACCAGCUGCUAAAACAGCUCCUGCUGCGACAAAACCGGCUGUUAAAGCUGCAACAAAGCCUGCAGCAGCCGAGAGCAGCUCAGACUCCGAGUCCUCCUCUGAAGAGGAGACUGUUAAAGCCAAGCCACCUGCAGCUAAAGCAGCCACUCCAGCAUCAAAGCCUGUUGCUGCAAAAGGAAAGUCUGCUGCAGCUGAAAGCAGCUCCGACUCCGAUUCGUCUUCAGAAGAAGAGCAGCCAGCCAAGUCCAAGCCAGCUCCCGCAAAAACAGCUAAACCAGCUGCAAAACCUGCAGCAGAGAGCAGCUCAGACUCCGACUCCUCAUCAGAAGACGAAGAACCUGUUAAAGCAAAACCUGCAGUUUCUAAAGCGGCUACACCGGCCUCAAAGUCCACUACGCCCGCYAAGACAAAGUCCCCAGCAGUAAAAUCUACCACGCCGUCUUCAAAGCCCGCUACUCCUGCAGCUAAAGCAGCAGAGAGCAGCUCGGAGUCUGACUCCUCUUCUGAAGACGAAGAACCCGCAAAACCUGCAGCCGCUAAAGCAGCAACACCGGCCUCAAAGCCUGCAGGGAAACCCACCACGCCUGCAGGGAAACCCACCACGCCUGCAGGGAAACCCACCACGCCUGCAGGGAAACCCGCCACGCCUGCAGGGAAACCUGCCACGCCUGCAGGGAAACCCGCCACGCCUGCAGGGAAAGCUGCAGCAGCAGAAAGCAGCUCUGAAUCAGACAGCUCAGACUCUGAGGAUGAAGCAGCCAAGAAACCUGCAGCUCCUGCAGCCAAGAAGGGAACUGCAGCAUCAGGAAAAAAGGCCAAAGAGAGCAGCUCCGAGUCUUCAGACAGCUCUGAAUCAGAGGCGGAGGCUGCUCCUGCUAAACCCGCAGCCCCCAACAGUAAAGCAGCAACUCCUAAGACAGCAGUGAAGCCUGCAGCAAAGCCCGCRGAGUCUUCAUCGUCCAGCGAGAGCAGCUCUGAGGAAGAGGAGGCGGCCGGUCAGACCAAGAAAAAAGCUGCUGCACCAGCUGUAGCAGCCAAGACGACCCCAGCAGCUAAAAAGAAGGAGGAGAGCAGCAGCUCCUCAGAGAGUUCCUCAGAGGAGGAAGGAAAACCUCAGAAAGCAGCCACUGCACCCUGCACCCCCACAACAAACAGUGCUAAUGGAAAGAGGAAAAAAGAUGAGUCAUCAGAAGAAGAGGAGACAGAGAAGAAGACCCCUAAACAAAAGAAAGUGACCACAACACCACAGACCUUCCCUAAAACCAACAAGUCGUCCAAUAUACCUUUCAGAAGAGUAGUGGAGGAGUACGUAGAGGUGGACCCCCGUCUUGCUGAUAACUCGUUUGAAGCUAAGUCUGGGUCGAACGGAGACUGGGGACAGAAAGCCAACCAGGUGCUCAAGUUCACCAAGGGCAAAUCAUUUCGUCACGAGAAGACGAAGAAGAAGAGGGGGAGCUACAGAGGCGGAGCCAUUUCCACCACCAUCAACUCUGUGAAGUUUGACAGCGACUGAAGACCCUCCCACCUUUUUACUGUAUUUGACUUGUGAUCAGGAAACAGGUGUUCCUUCAGCUUCCUGUUAACGGUCCGAUAUCACCACCCUGCAGCAGAACAAGACCUGAGCCAGGGAUGGAACUGAAGCGGUUUGUUUUUUCAUCAUCUGUAGRGGAGAGCCUUUCUUUGAUCUGUGACCUCAGGCAGGUGUUUCCAGCUGUGACAUCGGCUCUUUAUGUGACAAAUUAACUUAUAGCCACUAGGUGGCUGCAGGACACCAAGUAAUGGAGAAGUUUGGUUUUUUUUUUUUUUUUUGUUUGUGUACUUAUUUCCUCAAAAUUGGUAUCAAUUGAAUUAAUGUAACUUUAAUUUUCCUUUUCACUAAUUCAGAACCACAGCCAUCAAUCAUUGUAAAAUUAAUUUAAAUAUUAGGUUUUGCAUGAAUCUUAAUGCAAUUUGUUUAUUUUUGGGCCACAUUUAGGUUUAAAAGAAUUUGGGUUUUUUUUUCUUAUUAAUACAUUAAAUAUAUAAAAUGAAACAGUUUUAUACUGUGUAUUUAUAAAGUUUUAUUGUUUUAAGAUUUAGGGUCAUGCAAAUGUAUGUUUUUCAUGUGUGAUGUUGAGCCUCCUUAAUCUGUUCUUUUAGUUUGAAUUUACUUCAUACACUUCUGUGUACCUCUUUUUUAUUUCUACAUUAAAGACUUUAAAUUUUG